UGUGAAUGGAAUAGAAUCAGCGCGAGAGGAAGAAAGAGGGAGGAGGACAGCGCAAAUCAACCUGCCCCUUGACUUUAACAACAGAAUAGAGCCGGCAGACACAGAGAUCGGGAAGUGUGCGUGCGUGUGCUGCUGUUUUAUUUUAUUUUUGGAGAGAGGAAGAGAACAUCAGACAGGAGGAACUGAGGGAGGAGGAGGAGAAGGAGCCUCACCGUGGAGAUAGAUAGCAGAAAAAUGCUGUCACGGGGAGAGAAGGGGAGGGAGUCGGCAGAGAGGAACAGGAUGAAACAAGGCAGGGUUGAGCAGAACUGAAAUGUGGAGGUUGCCGGUGGAUAAGACCGAAAGAGAGGCCGCAGGCACUGAAAGCGUGCACACGGAAGGACGCUGUGUUGAUACAUAAGGAGCCUCUCUUAAUCAGAGGACACAGAGUCAGGCUCCAGUGAUGAUCCUCACAUCCUUUACAGGAAGGAGCACCCCGCAACUGGAGUACCACCUAAACACACAUCUGCACACCUGGAUGGACCGCUGCAGAAAACAGGAGCACUUUUUCGCGUGUCCUCAUCUUCCACACUUGGGAACGUAUUGACAGAGUGCAGUGUCUCACACAGCAUCUGUGAGAGCCUGAGAGUGGAGAAGAGGGUCAGCCUUCGUAAGUGGUGUGAAUGAGGACUGAGUUUGCUGCUUUCGCUCAGUGUUCCCAUUUCACACCAGCGCCAUAGAGACCGGGACAACAAUUUAACUGGGAGGGUGGGGUUAGCGGGAAGCCCUGGAGCAGAGUGGAGAAAAUACCGCUGGACUGGAGUUGGUUUGUCAGGUGGACACCAUGCAGUCAGACGACCUCUUCAUUCGCAAGUUUCGCCGUCAGAAUCAGCGGCCGCCUAUCGCAGCGGUCAACUUUGACCCCAAGAGGGAAACGGGUGUAGUGGAGUGGCCGCCAAGAAGGGACGGCGAUGGGGCCGAAGCGGACAGCCUCACCCCGAGCCGCGCCGGGUUGACCCUGCGGUCCAUGGGCCGGGGGCACAUCAUGCAGAGAAGUAACAGCGAUGUCACACUUGGGGACUUGGACUCCUCUGGGAAGGCGGGGGGGAAAACAGCGCGAGCGGUUGGUGAGAAGGUGGAUGCUGGGGUUCAGGGAGACACAGGUGUGCUGUUACACAGGGAGUACGGCAGCCUGUCAUCACUCGAGAGACAGACUCAAGCCCAGGAGCCAAGAGCAGACGACCAGGGACCCCUGAGUCCAAGUGCCCUCCGCUUCAAAGACCCUUUCCUGCUUUUAGGGCUGCAGGGACACCCUCCAGAACCCGAUGGAUACUUUCGAGGUGUUUGCACGGUGGAUGGCCCAAAACCCGUUAAGCCACCAAAGCCUGAAGGUCUUAGCAAAAAGUCUAAACCCACGACCUCUCAGGUCCCUCAACCAGUUCCAUAUGACAACAUCGGGGGCGGAGCCUGGGUGAGGAGCUUUGCUCACUAUGACGUGCAGAGCAUCCUGUUUGACCUAACCGAGGUAGCCACAAACAGAGACAGCAUUGGACGGAAAAAGAAUAUCACCUCAGGGGCUUCAGCUGCCUCCCAGCCCCGUCCCCUCUCCCUGUCCACCCCAUCCUCACCUGCGCAGGGCGGGGGUGGCAGCACAGGGAACGCAGAAGACAACGAACAGUCAAUGAUGCUAGAUGAAGGUGAUGGCAACGAUAACGAGCUCCUCCUCAGCUGCCCCCACUUCCGCAACGAGACUGGAGGAGAGGAGCAGGCGGGCCUGGGUCGAUCCCAGGGAAGGAAGGGACUCUGGUCUAGCCUUCGCAUCCCCAAUGAUGCAGUUUCGGUCCUGGAAGAGCCCAGAGAGAGCAAUGUGCAGCAGCAGGGCAAGAGCAACUACUUCAUAGAGCAUGCUGAUCUGGGAGCCCAUUACUAUCGCAAGUAUUUCUACAUGAAAGAACAUCAGAAUUUUUUUGGAAUUGACGAACGCCUCGGGCCGGUGGCCAUCAGCUUCCGUCGAGAGGAGAAAGAAGGAUCCAGCGGCGCUCAGAACAACUGUAGAAUCAUAUUUCGCACCACAGAGAUGAAGACUCUGCGAGGUUCCAUCCUGGAGGAGUCGGUGCCCUCUGCGGCUCGACACACGACCCCCAGAGGCUUGACUCCCAAGAGGCUGUUGGAGUUCAUCAUGCCUGAGCUGAACCAGCACUGCCUUCGCUUGGCCUCAAACUCCCCCAAGGUGCGGGACACCCUGCUCAAACUGGAUGAACAGGGGCUGAAUUUUCAGCGAAAGGUUGGGAUAAUGUACUGCCGGGCCGGGCAGAGCUCAGAGGAAGACAUGUACAACAACGAGAGCUCCGGGCCGGCAUUUGAGAAGUUUCUGGAUCUGCUCGGGGAACGGGUGCGACUGAAGGGCUGGGAAAAAUACCGAGCUCAGCUGGACAACAAGACCGACUCAACUGGGACACAUUCGCUCUACACGCGCUACCAGGACUACGAGAUUAUGUUUCAUGUGUCCACCAUGCUGCCCUACACAGCCAACAACACACAGCAGUUGCUGCGGAAGCGCCACAUCGGUAACGACAUUGUGACGAUCGUGUUUCAGGAGCCGGGCGCUAUGCCCUUUACUCCGAAGUCCAUCCGCUCCCAUUUCCAGCACGUCUUCAUCAUCGUGCAAGUUCACGAGCCCUGCACCGAGAACACCUACUACAGGGUGGCUGUGACACGCUCUAAAGACAUCCCAUUAUUCGGGCCUCUGUUCCCCAAAGGUGCCCGAUUCCCUCGCUCGGCCGCCUUUAGAGACUUCCUCCUGGCGAAGGCGGUCAACGCUGAAAAUGCUGCAGAGAAGUCAGAGAAGUUCCGCUCCAUGGCCACCCGCACGCGUCAGGAAUACCUGAAGGACCUGGCGGAAAACUACGUGACCACCACGCCCAUAGACUCCUCCACUAAGUUCCCCCUGCUCUCCCUGGGCGGAAAGCGCAAAGACAAGAUGAAGGGCGCCAAAGGGGCCGAGCUGCACAGCAAUGGGGCCCUUGUGUGGGCGGUGAUGGUGAACAGCAUAGAUGAAUGGGAAGCCGGAGAGCACAAGCUCCCCUGUUUGCUCGCCGUGUCGACCGAGUCGGUGGUGCUCAUCGAGAGGUACUCGCGCAAGGUGGUGUUCAACUGCUCCUGUCGCGAUGUCAUUGGCUGGAAGGCGGUGACAGAGCCCAAAGACGGGGGGCCCUGCUUAGAUAUCUUCUACGAGCGCGGGGAGUCGGUGUCGAUCAGCAUGAUGGAGAACCAGGCAGAAGACAUACGAGAGGUGGUGCAGAGGCUUGAGCUGGUUACACGGGGCUGCGAGGCGCUGGAGGUCACACCCCUGCGCGACGGAGUGGGGCAGCCCGGCUUCCUGAUGAACGAGGAGGGCUUUGUGACGGAGCUGCAGCGGUUUUGCUACGCUGAGAGCGGAGGCCUGCAGCUGUGGGCUCGCGUGGUGAGGCUCUGCGGGCACUCGCUGGUUCACCUGAGCCUCGACGAGAGGACCAGGCUGCUCCGCACCGCCCACAAGAUCCACAUCACCGUCAUCCCACCGGACGAGAACGGCAAGCCUCGCAGGAGUUUCUCUGAGCUGUAUCUGAAAGCCAUCAAGGAUGCAGAGUGCAAGCCCGGUGAGAAUCAGUCAGGAGAGGCCUGGGUGCUGGACGAAAGGGAGGAAGAGGAGGAGGCAAAAAAAGAGGAUGAUGAUGUGAAGACGGGCGGGGUCGAGGAGCCGGACACAAAGGAGGCGCAGGUGGAGACCGACGAAGGCGAAGAGCAGCUCUGCGAUAAAGUGGAGAGCGAGCGCAAUCCGUACUCGCUCCUCACAAUGCCCAGCUUACCUUUGUUACGAGCCACAUCUCUGCAGGACCAGCCGGCCAAUCAGGGCCAGGAGGGCAGCGCUUCGCAGCUCCCGCGCAGCUACUCUCUGGAAAAACAGCUGUCCUACAGCGACACUUGCGACGCGGGGCACGUGUAUGACAACGUGGGGUUGAAGGUUGAACACCACAUCUAUGAGAACAUCGGGGAGCUGAGGGAUGCCACACCUGAUCUGAUCCUGGAAGUCAAACCGAAGGUUCCCCUCGGCGACGAGCAGUUCAUGGGGGCCGAGUUUGGCGAUGACAAAGCCUCGGCGAGUGACUCCUCUCUCUCGUCUUUGCGGCUGUCAAGUGUGGACCGAGCUGAAAGAAAUUCCCGAGCCCUGAGUCUUCAUAACUCCAUCACCAAGAUUCUCUCGGAGACAACAGAUUCGACUGAGGAGGAGUGGCAGUCGAUUUCUGACCUGGCCACAGCCUGCCGCAACAUCCUGGAGGCUUUGUCACGAGAGGACCGUAAAGCCGGAGACCCUUCCCAAGCAGGCGCUGAUCAAACUGACGGCAAGCCAAAAGAAUCAAAGGAGAGUGACUCUCCAGGCCACCUGGAGGAGAAGGUGUCGCAGCUGGAGGCCAUGCUGAAGAAGCUGCAGGAUGACCUGCAAAAGGAGAAGGAGGACAAGGCGGUGCUGCAGGCUGAGGUGCAGAGCCUCAGGCAGAACAACCAGCGGCUGCAGGAGGAGUCACAGAGCACGGUGGCCCGUCUCAUCAAAGUCACCGAGCUGCUGUGCAACGUCAACAAGCCUUGUUAGCUUCACCGCCGCACGUGCGUGCACGCACGGAAAUCAGCAGAGUGAUGCAAAUCGUACAGUGCGGGUUUUUUUACGCUCGACACAUUUACUUUGUUCUGACAUAUUUUGAAAACACACACACAUACCUAUCCUCUUUAAUCUCACAGUCUCUUGUCCUGAAUCCUGGACUUGCCUGCUGGUGAGGGAGUAUGCAAAUCAAUUUUUAGGGGGAAAAAAAGACAUUUAUCACCCAGUGAUGACCUUUGCAGACUGACCGACACAGGCUGCUGUGUUGAUGUGCUAUGCCAGAGUGCUUCUAGUAGUGUGUGUGUGUGUGUAUGUAUGAUUCGGUGUGUGUGGAUGUGUGUGCGUCUAUAUAUUGCUUCAAAUACUUGACGAGCUGGGCUUAAUAGCACUUGCUUUAAAAGACUGAGAGACACUGAAUAGCAUGUUUGGUGGUGUUUUAGCCAAAAUGACCAAAAGUGUAUA